UUCGCGCGACUCUGUGUCACCCGUGUCAUGGAGCUUCGAUUCUUGUCAUUAGCUUGGUGGAUUCUCCUCCUCCGAUUGGGCAGUUCCAUUGACGUCAUCCACGGAAAACGAUUGGCUAGUAAACUUUCUGACAAUCGCAUUGUGGGAGGACAGGAGGCGGCGGACGGGGUGGCCCCAUAUCAGGUAUCCAUACAAACAACCUGGAGAACCCACAUUUGCGGCGGGGUCAUCCUCGAUAAGGAAUGGAUACUCACUGCCGGCCAUUGUGCCCUAGACUUUAAUCUCGAAGACCUGCGCAUCAUAGUCGGCACCAAUGAUCGCCUCGAUCCUGGCCAGACUCUCUUUCCGGACGAGGCUCUGGUCCACUGCCUCUACGAUGUACCCUAUAUGUACAAUAACGAUAUAGGUCUUAUCCACGUCAAUGAGUCGAUCAUCUUCAACGAGCGCACCCAGAUCGUAGAACUGAGCUCCGAGCAACCGCCUGCAGGUUCCACGGUCACUCUUACGGGUUGGGGUGCUCCGGAAAUCAGUUGGCCGACAGUGCAGCAGUUGCAGACCAUCAAUCUGACAGUCAUCGAUCAUGAGGAGUGCCGGGAGGCCUGGGACUACCACACCGGAAUUGACAUAGGCCACAUUUGUACUUUCACCAAAGAGGGCGAGGGUUCCUGUUCCGGGGACUCGGGAGGCCCCAUCAUGUGGGAGGGGAAGCUGGUGGGUUUGGUCAAUUGGGGACGAGCCUGUGGCGUUGGAAUGCCGGAUAUGCAUGCCAACACCGUUUACUAUCAGGAUUGGAUUCGGAGAACUCGAUCGGGAUGCAAGAAUCGGGUAACAUGAUCUGGAGAGAAAUACCAUCUAAGAUUUUAAGUAAUUUUAUGGUUUAUUAUGAUGAUUUUGUAAAAAUAUAAUCGUUUUCGUUAAUACACGA